GCAAAUCAACGCGAAUAAUCCGUUGUAAAGUGGACCGAGCCAUGCCCAACUGCUGAGAACGGCGUUUUUGGGAUGUUCUUGGGGACAUCUCAACACUGGCUCGUACGGCAGCGAUAUUCUCGUCCGAUCGCCUUGGUCGACUUUUAUUUGGCCUCUUCGGAUUAGAAAGAGCCUCACCAGUCGUAAAUUUUUCGUAUAAACGCUUAAUGGUGUUCUUAGAAGGCGCACUUUUCACAUUUUUUAAUUUUUUAAAAGCACGUUGAGUUUUUACAAUUGACUUGUUCUGUUGAAUGUAAAUUUCAACUAUUUCAGAGCGCUCGCGUGGCGUGUAUUGUUCCAUGGUAAAAAUCUGCUUGGACUGACGCUUCAAACGCGGUAUGUCAUUAAGCGAUCUGGCAUCUCUGUCAAAAGUUAUGGCGUCGUCAGAUGGGUCCGUCGAAUAUGGGCAACCCAAUAUACACGAAGAAAUGAAAAUCUACAGUAAUCGUCUGGUUGUUUCGAGUCAUACAUCAAAAACCAGAAAAAUUUCAUAUCAAGACUAAAACUUUGAAAAAUUUGAUCUGUUGGGGCCAGUGUGAUUAAUCCCAUCCACCUGGAUGCUAGGAUUUUCGGGGCGCUUCGCCAGUCGCAGAGGCAUCCCACAUUGAAUGUGCAGAAGUUCAGCAGCAUCGUAGGAUUCGAGUUCAAGUUCAUUCCUCCGCGUGCUCCCCACUUUGGCGGCUUGUGGGUGGCCGCAGUGAAGUCUAUGAAGAGCCAAAUGAUGAAUAACUUGGGCAACACUGGGCUAACGUACGAGGAGCUUCAAACGAUUGCAAUCGAGUCGGAGGCAAUCUUAAACUCAAGACCAAUGGCACCCCUCUCCGAAGACCCAAAACGAUGGAGAGGCGCUUAGCCCAGUGCACUUGCUAAUUGGGUCCUCUUUGAUGUCCGUACCGGAGCCUUCAAUUGACGAGAGCAGACCAUCCUAUCUUACGCGGUGGCAGCGCAUAACGUACUUGAAGCAACAGUUCUGGGAGCUAUGGAGGCGUGAUUAUUUACACACGCUUCAGGCUCGCUUCAAAUGGCUCAAACCCAAUGCCAAUAUUAAAAUUGGAAAAAUGGUGAUAAUUCACGAGGAUAAUAAACCUCCCCAGGAAUGCAUUCUUGGUCGCAUCACCAACACGCUUGUCGGAGCUGAUGAACAAGUAAUAGUGGCCGAUAUCAAGGUGAAAAAUGGAACCAUUCGAAGACCCAUCUGUAAGAUAGCGCCCCUGCCUGAUGCUUGAAUACUCCUUGUAUCAUGUUCGAUGUCAUCAUAAGUCAAAAAUUAAUUAUUAUUAUUUAUAAAAAUAAAGACCUUUGUUUAAGCUGCUUAAUAA